AAAAUGUGAGGUCAUUUGGGGAAACGCGGCGUAAUCAGAGCAGUCAUUCAUUUUAUUAUUUUUUUUUUGCCCCCCCCCUCUCACCCGUUACGUUUGACUUUAAAGAAGGGACAUACCAAACCAGUAGGCCUUCCUACAUAGAUGGUGCUCCGUGUGAGGGUCCCACCCAGUUUUUUUUAUACUUCCCCCUUUUUUUUGUGAAAAUACAAGUUGGGGGAGUGACCCAUGUGGGGCGGAAAAAAGGAGGAUCCCAAAAAACAGCUCGAUUGAAAUUGCUGCUAUGUGAAAAAAGGUUGCAUAGUGUAGAGGGAGGCGGUUUUUAUAAUGCUCCAUUGGGGUUGCCAUCAUCAUCAUGGUUUCCAUAAUCAGCAGCGUCCCCAUCUGCAUUGCGUUCCCACCUACGUUCCGUUUGCACGUGAGAAGGCCCCCCCUUCUGUAAAAUGAAGACCUCUCAUCUGUGCGCGGGUGGAGCUGACAGCGUAGAAAGAGAUUCGCUCCCCGUGCUGUAGACGCCUACCCCCACAGUGGACGCCCAUCCUGGUAUACAAAAUGUACGUCGAUUUGAAUUUGAAAUUCUCCUCAGCAAAGAAGGCCAAGGCGAUGGUUGCCAAGGCGCUCAACGUGGGGUUCAGCAUCGUAGCAGUGAGUGUACAAUAUGAGGAAGACAAUAAGGCCAUUCCAUCUGAACCGUUUAAAAUAGUAAAUUGCUUCGUGGGUAGUGAAAAUGGGAAGGAGAAAACGAAUGGGAAGAGCUGCUCUGGGAAUUAUUUUGUUGACCGAUUGGAUAAGGAAGAAGAACUACGUGAGCAGCUCGUCCAGAUGAGUUCCAACCAGGAGGGGAACUACAUUUUAGUGAAUCGACCCAACUCGCUAAGCGUUAAAAAUGUGUGUGCGGAUUUUAUAAUGCGUGGGAAUUGCCCCCUGCCGACGAGGGAGGAGUUGAACGGGUUAAGGGACCGCCUAAUGGGUGCCAGCAGCGGUGGAAGUAGUAGUGGCAGUGCCAGUGGCAGUACCGCUGCCAACACCCGCCGAGGCGUCUCCCUCGCCAAUAACACAAACACCCACGUGCUGAGGAGAGUCAACAUAAAAUACCAAGACGCAGUCAUGAUGGAGCACUACAGCACGUUUGUAAAAAACAGCAACUUUGACAUUGUGGCCAUCGAAGUUAGCUCGGCAGAUGAAAUCAAUUCAGUCGCCAUGAAAUUGGACUGUGACAUUAUAUUUUUUAAUAUGAGCCAUACCUUUGCUGUACUGAAAAAAUCUGAUGUGCAGAGUGCCCUAGAUAGGGGGAUCUUCUUCGAAAUAUCCUCCCUUGCCGCACCAAGUGAGGAAGCCCAUUACUAUCAUGCAGCCAUAAACAUUUGCAGCCUCUUCUCGAUCGUCCCCUUUGGCAGAAUCAUCGUUUCCUCCGGGGCGCUCACAGACAUGCAAGUGGUGGAACCCCUCAACUUGCUGCGACUCUUUUUUAACUUCCACAAGAUUUCCUACAAGGACCUAAUCGGGUGCCUCACCACCACGCCGAUUGCCUGUGUGCAGCGCGCCUCCGUGCGAAAGAGCCUCAACACGGCGGUGUUUCAGCGGUAG